AUAUCAUUAUUAAAAUAUCAAUCUCAGUUAGUUUUACCUUAAUAUUUUUAAGUGCUUAAACUGAAAAUUAACAACAUAAAUUUCGAAUACAAUGGAUUUGAGCUAAGAAUAUGAUAGAUGUACAUGAAGUUAAACUGUUAACGACAUUGAGGCUGCUCUAGUUUCGGCAUGGCGGGUCCAAUGCGACAUUUGUCGUAUCAUCACGAGCCAGAACCACAAUCCGCGAACUCGCUGAUUGCGGAAAUCAACGUGCAACUGGCGCUGUUCCGUGACCUGCUUAUCCACAUCGGACAGCCACAUGACUGUCCUGAACUCCGAGAACGUGUACGCAGACUGCGAAGAACCUGCGUGGAGGCAACCAAGCAAACCAGCCAGCUGGUCCUGCCAACCUGCAAAAAAUCAACAAGUGAAGGCUGCUCAGAUCAACCUCAGCUGGUUCUCCUCUACUUCAUGUCACAACUACUUCUCCGUGAACUCGCUAAAUGCCACCGCCUAGUGCAACUUGUACCUAUGGACAUGACGUCAUAUUAUGAAAAUCGCGCUGGCCCUUCGAAUUUUGGGAACGUCAUUAGUCAGAUUUUGCUGUGCAAACAAAUCACUCCAGACUUCAACCAAGAAGAGCUUUGCAGCAUCGCUAAAGACACACAGGAUAUAAACAGAAUCGUCAGCGACAUCCAGGAAUAUCUACCACAACAUGAAAAUCUUAACCAUUUAGAAACCAACGUAGCACUAAAGGGAGAUGACACAAAUGGUCUAUGGCGAAACAAGCGGAGAGGAUCUCUCUACAAAGGCAUGGGCGUUCUCUGCUGUAUGUCGCGCCCCAACUACCUUUGAGGGUGACGUGAAUCGCCAACAAGGCGAAACACAGAUUAAAACAUAUGAAAAGACUUUUAAAUCAAAACACCAGUGAAACAAUAAAAAAACUCCAAGUGUUCAUAAACUGUAAGUGAACGCGAUAUUAAUAUAAAGUAAAUUUAGUAAUAUAUUAUAUGAAUUGUAGAAAUGAAAGGGUCCAUUAGAUUGCUAUUGGCUAGGAAGAAACCGUGAGAAAUGUAUUAUGCUAAUUCAAUUAAAAUAUCAAAGUACCUAUAUGUAUGUAAGACGCAAUAUACUUAUUUUAAAAGACAUAUUGUGAAAUGCCUGGAGUGGGAACAAUUGCUCUUAAGUAAAUAGACUUUACCUACGUUCGGCAGAGAACAAAAAUUUAGUUUCAAAUUAGUUGUUAGUCUCGGUAUCGGUAGCAUAAGUAUAGUUAUUAUUUAACACACUAAAAUUCUAACAUUAUCUUCGAUUUUGAUCUAUAAAAUUUAUAACAUAAUAAUUAUAACAAUAAUUUUAUUCUGUAAGUGUUGUCACGUCUGGUUAUUGGUUUUACUACUUUAGCCAAACUUCUACAUGAUCUUGCCAGGAAAUAUACGAUUUGGUUUGAAAGAAAUACAUAAUAACAAAGGUAAAUUAACAUUAAUUAAACAGCAUUUAGUAUGUAAGUCUCAUAUUUUAUUAAUUUUCGACUACAUUUACACCAUCACAGACUUUGACUAUUCUUCAAUAUAAUUGUUAAUUUUUAAAUAAUUUUUACCACUUUAAUUAAAUAUCAAAAAAAAAUAUUCAGAAAUAUAUUUCAAGUAAUAUUUCUCUCGUCUUCCAAUGCCAAAUUUAAUAAUUUGUUAUGAUCUCGUUAGUUAUAAGUAAAACCUUUUUAAUUAUCAAAUGUCAAAUAGACUACCAAUCCAAUUUACCCAACAAUAAACUUUUAAAUUCAAGCAAACUCAGUUCAAAAACAAAACAAUACACUGUUUAGUUAAAACCACUCUAACUGCUUUAAUUCAACUUAAAGAAUGCCUCGUAUUGAACAUCCUGUAUUUAUUAGCACAGACAUAAAAUACUUUAUAUAAAUAAAAAUCAAAGACUGUACGAAGUUCUUAUACAUCCUAACGCUCUCAUUUAAUUAUAAUCUUGAUCUGUAACGUUGAUUAAAAUAAAAUUUAUCUUCACUUACGGAUCUGUCUCGAUUUCGACUCGUUAUAAUAAAAUAGAAUAAGAUUUUGUUUCUAUGAAACGAUCAAAUAUAUUAUGAAAAUAUUUAUGUGAUGUUCGUAAAAUUGAUUUGUUUAGUAUUUAUAUUAUACCGAGAAUAUUAUAUUAUAAUAUUUAUAUUAUACCAAAAAUAUUAUUCCAACUAUCGCUAGUAUUAAGAACAUUUCCUUCAUCUGUAAGAUAUUUAGCAUUUAAUGUCGGGCCUAGUCAGAUUUAUGAAAUUAUGGCAUAGAAUAUUUAGUCAAUUAUCUUUUAGAUCCCAGAAUAUUUAUUGGUUGUAAGGGUUUGUCACUAUAAUAUUAUUAUAAUUCUUAUAAUUCAGAUAGCUUCUAAUAGCUGCGGAUUAGAUCAUUCACAUAUUUUAUAAGGAAAUAUUUUAAAAUAUUCAAUAUAUUCACGAAAAUGUAAAAUUAUUACUAAUAUAAUAUUAUAAUAUUUUAACUAAAAAAUGCUAUUUAUUCAUAAAAAGAUACAGAAUAAAAGCUGCUUUAUAUAGAUUAGAUUACACAGUAGUUAGAUUCCGGUGGGGAAUAUUUGAUAUUGCACCAUUCACCUAGUCUCACGACGUUUGUUUACGACUUUCAUUGCAUACGUCUAGUCAACAUUUUUAUUAAAUUAUUAGACUUGAUUUAUAUAUUACCUAAUUAUAAUACAGGAGUAACUAUACUUAUUUACAUAUAUUGACACACUUAUUAAAGUGAUGACUGUGAUAUACUCUUAAAUAAAUAGAAAAUAAAAAUUAGCAAAACACGAACAUAGUUUUAUUUUAAUCCUGUUCGAUAUUUCUUCAACUCUAGAAAGCUUCCCCAUUCAAAUUUGUAUAGAUGCAAAAGGGCUCCGAAAACUUGGGGAAAUUAAAAACUGGAGAACUUUUACUUCGAGGAAUCGGAAAUGUAGGACAGCUGAUGCAACAAUACACAACACUACUAUUUGUGAACA